AUGUCUCCUGGAUUGUUAGAUUCAGAAUUCACUUCCCAGCAUACAUCUUCUUUUACACCACCCGUUUCAUUCCCUAUCGUACCUGGUUUGGGAUCUUCUUCGCCUUCAUCUCCGUCUCCUUCUUCCGGGAUCACCAAACAUCCACACGUAUGGGAUCUCCCCAGCAACACAAACGGUUUUAAACCGAUAUAUUACUCUCACGAGGUCAUACCUAUCGUAAAUCCCACUCUGGAUCCAGUGGAUCCAGUGGAUCUAGCCAAUAUGGUUCCUCCUCCUAAUGGUAUUGUAAAUCCAAAUCCAAAUAUCAGAAGAUCGUCUGAUCCUACUCCAAUGUCCACGUCACAUGGCGUGGCGCUAGGGCAUUAUCAUCUAUUACCUCCUAUAGAACUUACCGGUACUGGAAGUGGUACGAGCCAAUGGCCAAAGGCUAAACCGAAUGGUCCACGACCACAAUCGAGAACGCGAACUACUAGACCUAAAGCUUCUUUCUACAUACUGGAUAACGACAAUGAACAAGAUGAAGAUAGGUAUACCAACAAUUCAAAUCAGUCGUCUACGUUGUACCAUUCCAACUCUUCUCGUAAGCGGUCGAUAGAGGGAUAUGCAAUUUCUCAUGCUCAUGCACAUGGACAAGAGCAACCUAUGCAAUUCCGCGUUGCCAACCCUGAUAGAUCCUCGUCUUCUACUCUAUCUUCAACCAGCGAUCAUCUCGAUGACAACGAAGUUGAGGUUCAUGAUAGAGAGACAGACGAUACGAGACGAGGAAGUAUGUAUCUGGAUGGUGGAGUCUCAGAGAUGGACGAAGAAGAGCUAGGAGUUAGAUUGGCGCAAUAUAAUAUGAUUGCUGGGUAUAACCAAACCCCUGGAACAGGUGAUGAAACGGACAGGGACAUCAGGGGCAGAAGGACGAGUUUGAUUGAUAGAGCGAAAACAUUCAUGCUAAGACGAAAUAAAGAUGAAAUCGGAACAGAUAAUCCGUACAACGAAGCUGGCCUGCAAAAUGGUACGAUAUUGGAUGGACAGCCGAGGCGAGCUUCAAGGAGCUGGCUGAGAUGGAGGAAAUCCGAUUCUGAAGAUAGGAGAAGAGCGGCAAGUGAAGAUUGGACAAGAAAUCAUAUGGCCCGCCACGAAAGGAUCAGACAAGGAUCAUCAAGUACUGCCAACACACAUCCACGAUCCAGUGCUCGACAGAAACGAAUGGUUAAUCCAUAUCCUAAAAUGACAUUUGAACUCGGACUCAAUCCUAAGGGCAAGAGCGACACUUAUAUGAAAAACUUUACAAACACGAAUAAUCAAGUGCAUGUAAAUUCCGAUGAGGCGGAAGCUUGGGAUGGUGGAUUGCCACCUCAACGACCAGCAACCACUGGUCAAAGUUCUUCAUAUAAGGCAGAACCACAGUUGAUGGUGAAGAAGAAAUCUUCCAAAGGAUGGAAAGGAAAAUUUAAGCUAUUGAAAUUAUCUCAAUAA